CAAUACACAAAAUUAUACGCAGAUUUGUGUUGUAUGUAUGAACACACAAGUUUCCAUUAAAAAUGGCUGAUUAUGCAACUGCAAACAAUAUGGAGAUUAAGCACCUCUCAACCAUCGCCAACGACGUCGUUCGAAGAUGCGCCCAGAAGCUCAAUACUUCUGUUUGGUCGCUGGUUGAAGAGUUCGAGAAGGAAUGGGAGCCUCAGAUGGCAGGCUACUCGAAAAAAUUCGUAGAAUUUUGCUGCUCGAGAGCGCUUAUGGUGAUGUGUGUUGCUAUAGAUGAAAAUAUAACUAAUGGCUCCUUUAGCCGCUUGACAUUCGAUAUGAUGCUUGCUUGGGAGGUGCCCACCUCAGCAGACGAAGAAUCUCGUACGGAGUGUGUGGCAAAAGAGAACGAGGAGAAGAAGGUUCCUGUUGUGGCCGACGAGCUAAAUGACGAUGUUUCGCUUUUCUAUUCUGAUCUCAUGCCGCUCCUCGUCGACCGAGAGCCGAAUGUAGGGGAAGAUGCAUUUGUGUGGUUAGGAACACUUGUUCCGUUGGUAGUUGAAAUGGUCAAUGGUAGAUUCACGUUCGAGACAUUGACUGCGCCGACUGGAAAUCGACUCCACUUUCCGGCUUACGACAAAUUCUUGAAAGAAAUUCACGGAUGCAUAAAGCAUUUACAGAAGCAAGAAACUCCAAAGGGAGUAGAGUUCUUGGACGAUGAAUUUAUACUACACGUUGAGGGGACUGUGAAUUCACAAAGAGUGGUUCGCCAUAUUGGAGGAACUAGUUGGCCUGGCAGAUUGACGCUGACCAAUUACGCCCUUUACUUUGAGGCAUCCGGCAUCAUUUCAUAUGAAGACGCAGUAAAGCUCGACCUCUCAAAGGACUCCGAACAGAGCGUGAAACCCACAGCGACAGGUCCUUGGGGCGCACCUCUAUUCGACAAAGCUAUCAUUUACGAAUCUUCUGAAUUGCAAGAAGGCAUUAUCCUAGAGUUCCCGGAGGUUACGAGCUCGACCAGGCGAGACCACUGGCUGGCCCUCGUCCGCGAAAUCAUUCUCCUCCACAAGUUCCUCUCAAAGUACAAGGUGGACCCCACCUUUCACGCGUGGGAGAUGCACUCGAGGACAAUACUCGGCAUCGUGCGCCUCCACGCGGCCCGCGAGAUGCUCCGCAUCUCGCCGCCUCUCUCCAAGAGCUUCCUCAUAUUCACCCUUCUCGACGACCUUCCCAAGGGGGAUUACGUGCUCGAGGAGCUCGCCGGAAGCCUCGCGAGGUCCGGUGUUGGUGGGGCCCACCCAUGCAGCGCCAGCUCAAUCCUCAGGAAUCUCAAUGUCUCCCGGCCAGUCGAGCCUCGGGAAAUUGUUGUUGGUGAUGAUGAUAACGACAAAGAUAUGUCGUCUUUGGAGAGCGCGAUAAAUCAGGCUUGUGAGGAGGGGAAGGAGAUGGAAGUUGCUAGAGCUAGCGCCGAGGGCCUUAAGGAUGAGGGCAUUAGUGAGAGUGCCCAAGUGCUUAUGGGGCUACUUGAACCGGUUAAGAGCGAAGUCCCCAAGUUGCUAGGGAUUUUCACGUGGGAACGGCCCCUGGCCACGUCUAUUGUCAUUGUUUCGGCUAUGGUGGUCAUCUAUAAAGAGUGGGUGGGGCCAGCUAUAUCGAGUUUCUUGUUGUGGGCCGUAGCUAAGAUGUUGUGGGCCCGAUAUGAGAGGAUGUACGAAAAGAAAAACAAGGUCGUGAUCCAUACCGGGUCGGACCAGACGGCCAUGGAAAGCAUUGUGUCGGCCCAACAAGGGUUAAGGACCCUUCAUGAGAUACUUCGGGAGACGAAUAUAGCUUUACUUAAAGUAUGGUCUAUUAUGGUCUCUAAAGCUCCAAGGCAUACGAACACGGUCAUGAUGAUCUUGACGUGUUGUGCGGUUGUGUUGGCCGUGGUCCCGUUCAAGAUCAUCCUUAUGGUCGCCGUUUUGUACGGUUUUGUGAUGACAUCGAAAAUCGGGAAGCGUCUCCAGAGUGAUCCGGGCAACCGUCGUUUGAGGGAAUGGUGGGACUCGAUUCCCGUGAUCCCCGUCGAGUUUGUGGACAAGGAAGCCGAUAAGUCGGAAUAAAUAGGAGUUCGCGAGCACAUCGUGAUGGAAGCAUAUACCUGGCGGGAAAACUGCAAUAUGUAGAACAAGGCAAAAGGGGAUGGGAAUGUGUGGAAGUAUGGUGGAUGAUAACAAAAACAAAAGAUAAUAAUGAUGUGUUAUGAGUAUGCUGCCCUUAAUACGUACUUGAAUGAUGUGUUAUGAGUAUGCAGCAUAAAGUUAUGUCUUCACAUAAAGCCCUCUCUACUUUUGUCUACAUGCAUGAGUUGUCUUCGUCUUCAUUCACAUGUGCUUGAAUUAUUUGCUGAAGUUGAAAUGCUUCAGCUGCUCAACACUCCCCUUCAACAUGUUAG